AUGUCAAAGAUUAACGGAGCUCAUUUUGAUUUCAUUGUGGUGGGAGGCGGUACUGCUGGCAAUGUUGUUGCUGGUCGCCUCGCCUCGAAUCCGAAUGCCACAAUCUUGAUUGUCGAGGCAGGUGUAGGUGACCCGGAGAAUGUGUCUGACAUCACCACUCCUGCCAAAGCUAUGGACCUUCGUGGCAGUCAGCAUGACUGGGCAUAUAAAACUACUAUGGUCAAGCGAGAUGACUAUGAGCGCAUUGAGAAACCCAACACCCGUGGCAAGGCUCUCGGUGGAAGCUCUUCUCUCAACUACUUCACCUGGGUACCUGGAUGCAAGGGUACUUUUGAUAGAUGGGGUGAGUAUGGUGGUGAAGAAUGGAGUUGGAAUCCUUUGGUUCCCUACCUUCGAAAGAGCGCCACAUAUCACGACGACUUGAAGCUGUACCCAACAGAUCUGGAAAAAAUCGGCGGCGGCGGUCCAAUCCCAAUUUCACACGCGGAACUCCUCGACGAUAUGCAGCCGUUCCGUGAUGCCCUCACUAAGGCUUGGAAGUCGAGAGGCGAGCCUUUCACCGAAAAUAUUUACGACGGUGACAUGAUCGGCUUGACUCAUUGUGUCGACACUAUAUACAAGGGCAAACGAUCUGGUAGCUACCUCUUCGUCAAGAACAAGCCAAACAUCACCAUCCUAGCGCAGGUGCAUUCUAAGCGUCUCAUUAUUGAUGCUAGCAGAAUUGCAAAGGGUGUAACGGUGAUUGACCCCUCUGGCAACGAGCUCAGCUUCUACGCUAGCCGCGAGGUUAUUGUGUCCCAAGGCGUUUUCGAAAGUCCGAAGCUGCUCAUGCUCAGUGGCAUUGGUCCCGCCCGAGAGUUGUCCAGACAUGGGAUUCCAGUGAUUGUCGACUCCCCUCAUGUCGGUCAGAAUCUAAUCGACCACCCUGGUGUCCCCUUUGUCCUUCAGGUCAAAGAAGGGUUUGGUAUGGAUGACCACCUGCUCCGUACAGGUCCAAAGAAUACCGCCACAAUCGCUGCAUAUAGCAAAGAUUCCACUGGACCUCUUGGCUCAGGACUUCUGGAGAUGGUUGGGUUCCCGCGCAUCGACAAGUAUCUGGAGAAGGAUCCAGACUACCGCAAAGCUAAGGCUGCUAACGGCGGGAUUGACCCUUUCUCGCCUGAAGGACAGCCUCACUUCGAACUCGAUUUCGUAUCCAUGUUUGGUAGCGCAUUUCAGUGGCACUACCCUAUCCCCAAGAAGGGGUGCUACACCAGUGUUGUAGUCGAUUUAGUGCGGCCCAUUUCUGAUCCAGGAGAGGUGACGCUUAAUAGCGCCGACCCUCUGGUACAACCGAACAUCAAUUUGAACUUCUUUGCCAAUGAUCUCGACAUCGUUGCAAUGCGCGAAGGCAUCAGGUUUAGCUACGACAUUCUGACGAAAGGAGAGGGCUUCAAGGACAUUGUUGUCGGCGAGUAUCCAUGGGACAUGCCACUGGACAACAAUGAGGAGAUGAAGAGAGCGGUCUUGGAUCGGUGCCAGACAGCCUUCCAUCCUUGUGGAACCAAUCGUCUCUCCAAGAACAUUGGUCAAGGAGUUGUCGACCCAAAGCUCAAAGUCCAUGGCAUCGGAAAUCUGCGGGUCAUUGACGCUUCUGUGAUGCCAGUCAUCCCUGAUUGUCGUAUUCAAAACUCGGUCUAUAUGAUCGGCGAGAAGGGAGCUGACAUGAUCAAGGCUGCUCAUAAGGAUCUCUAUCAGUAG